UGCCACUUUCAGCUUCUCGCACACUAUUCUCCAUUUCGUUUGCCUCACACGACUCUGUUCCCUGCAAGCCAUGAGUUCGCCCAUCAGAAAAUCCCCCUAUGUCGCUGCCUUCAUGAAGCAAAUCAGCGGACUCAGGCAGCCUCCUCGACCUGUCACAUCCUCCGCGUGCGCCCCCCAGCCUCCUGAGGUGCCGCCAAUCUGCCCUCUGAUGGUACCCAGCGAGGUGCAAUCUGCAUCUGCGCUGCCGGGUCCAACCAACUGGCCCCUUCUGGGAAGCCUGCUGGAAAUCCUUUGGAAGGGGGGCCUCAAGAAACAGCACCAUACGCUGGCGGAGUACCAUAAGAAGUUUGGCAAGAUUUUCCGCAUGAAGCUGGGCUCCUUUGAUUCCGUCCACCUUGGCUCCCCGUGUCUGCUGGAAGCGCUCUACCGCAAGGAGAGCAUGUACCCCCAGCGUUUGGAAAUCAAGCCCUGGAAAGCCUAUCGCGACUAUCGCCAGGAGGGCUAUGGACUGCUGAUUCUGGAAGGAAAAGACUGGCAAAGAGUAAGGAGUGCCUUUCAAAAAAAGCUAAUGAAGCCCACAGAAAUUAUGAAGCUGGAUGACAAAAUCAAUGAGGUCUUGGUGGACUUCAUACAAAGAAUAGAUAAUCUCUGUAACAAAAAUGGCCAAAUUGAAGAUUUAUAUAGUGAACUGAACAAAUGGUCAUUUGAAAGUAUUUGCCUGGUGCUAUAUGAAAAGAGAUUUGGACUGCUGCAGAACAAUGCCAGUGAGGAGGCUUUGAACUUCAUUACAUCCAUCAAAACAAUGAUGAGCACCUUUGGGAGGAUGAUGGUGACCCCAGUGGAGCUUCACAAAACUCUGAACACCAAGGUGUGGCAGAUGCACACUGAGGCCUGGGAUAACAUCUUUAAAGCAGUCAAGUCAUGUGUCAACAACCGAUUAGAAAAACACUUGGAGAAUCCCAGUGAAGAUUUUCUUUGUGACAUUUAUCACCACAAUCAGCUUUCUAAAAAGGAGUUGUAUGCAGCUGUUACAGAGCUCCAGCUAGGUGCAGUAGAAACGACAGCCAAUAGCUUAUUGUGGGUUUUAUAUAACUUAUCUCGAAAUCCACGGGUGCAGAAGAAGCUUCUUGAAGAAAUAGAAAGUGUUUUGCCUGAUCAACGGCCACCCAAUGCAGAGGACUUGAAGAAUCUUCCUUAUUUAAAAGCUUGCCUAAAAGAAUCAAUGAGGUUAACGCCAUCUGUGCCAUUUACAACUAGGACUCUUGACCAGGAAACUGUUCUUGGAGACUAUGCCCUACCCAAGGGGACAGUGUUAAUGUUAAAUACUCAGUUCUUGGGAUCUAAUGAAGAAAAUUUUGAGGACUGGAGUCAAUACAGACCAGAACGUUGGCUUCAGGAAAAGAAGAAAAUCCAUCCUUUUGCUCACCUUCCAUUUGGCAUUGGGAAGAGGAUGUGCAUUGGGCGCCGCUUAGCUGAACUCCAGCUCCAUUUGGCUCUUUGCUGGAUUGUACGAAAAUAUAACAUUGUAGCUCUAGAUGACGAGCCAGUGGAAAUGCUGCAUUUGGGCAUCCUGGUCCCCAAUCGGGAACUUCCCAUCGCUUUCUUGGCACGACGAGGUUCUUCAGGAGCCAGUAUGUAUGAGUUGCCAGUGUGA